CAGUCUCCUGAAGGCAUUCAGUUCAUACUGAAAGCAAAAGCUGCAGGACUAAAAGGGGAUUUACUUUAUGCGGACCUGGGGCAGAGUAGUGAAGUAUAAAUGGUGAAGCCAGACAGACCUAAGUGGAUGGCAGCAUGUCCUCAGCAUGACUUGGACGAAGUCGACACACUGAAGAAUCUUAAAGUGGACCGCCGUCCUCCGCUCAUGCUAAAUAUAGCCUUGGCAUUGCAGCAUGUUAUGGUCCAUGCCUCUCUGUGUGCAUUGGUGGUUGGGGCAUUAGUGCCUCAGUCUGAGAAGGAAAGGACAACUGCCUCUGUGUUCUUUUACUCUGGUGUUUCUACGCUUUUCCAGACUUGUUUUGGAUCAUGCCUACCAUUGAUCCAGUCUCCAUCACUGGACUUCCUGGUUCCAGCUCUUGUUUUACUUUGUGCACAGCCAGGGAGUCAUGCAGCCUGCAGAGGGCAGAGUGAUCAAUCAGAGCACUUUGAGGUCCCGGUAGACCAACUGAGAGAGUUGCAGGGCAUGACUGUAGUAGCAGGCCUGGUGCAGUUGUUAGUGGGUUCGUGUGGUGUUGGCGGAGCAAUGUUGACCCGAUGUGGCCCCCUUGUCCUCACUCCUGUGUGUUGCAUGCUGGGAUUCUCCAUUUACAGAGAGGCAGCUCUGCUCUGCUCAGACCACUGGGGCUUUGCGCUGCUGACUGUGGUUUUGAUAGUGCUUCUCUCUCAGCACCUGCGUUGCUGUACUCUCCCUGGUCAUCUAAAGUUCCUGCUGUACCCUAAUGUCAGCAUGCUCUCAGUGCUGCUUUCUGUGCUGUUGGUGUGGGUUGUGUGUGCUGUUCUGCAACACUGCGGACGCAUCACUCUUCACUCUGUGUCUGAACUGCUUUUCAAGGAUGAUUUAAAUACGACCUCAUUUCAGGACCGGACAGCUGUAAAUUCCUCUAAACUACUUUCUCUAGAUCCCACAGCAACAUGGCUUAGCCUGCCUUUACCAGGUCUUGGGCUCCCCCUCCUGUCUGGUGACAGUAUUGCAGCUGGAAUUGCAGCAGGGUUGUCCUCUUGUAUCAGCUCUCAGGUGGUGUAUGUGUUAACAGCCCGACUCCUCAAAGCUCCCACACCUCCAGCACAGGCGUGUAACAGAGGGGUUAGUGUAGAGGGGCUGAGCAGCGUGUUUGCUGGGCUGAUGGGCGCACCAGUAGGGCUCUGCAGCAGUGUCCCUAAUGCAUGCAUGACCAGCGUCGGCCAGUGUGGGUCUCGUGCCACAGUGCAGCUCGCUGCUGUGAUGAUGCUGGUCCUGGGUCUGUUCUUACAAUUCACUCAGCUGAUUACUUCAGUCCCUCUGGCUAUUCAUGGUGCUGUGCUUAGCGUGACCUACACAGUGGCUGCAGCUACAGGAAUAACGUACCUCCAGUACACGGACGUGGACUCAGGGCGCAACAUUUUUAACACAGGUUUCACGUUGUUCAUGUCUUUAGUGCUUCCUCGCUGGUUCCGAAUGCAGUCUGGAUUUAUCCACACUGGUGUACGCAGUCUUGAUAUAUUUUUGCAGUCUUGUCUGAUGCUGCCUGUGUUUUUAGUUAGUCUCUUGGCUUUUCUUCUAGAUCACACAGUUUCAGGAACUCUGUCUGAGAGGGGUCUUGUACAAGAUCAGAGCACAAGGAAGAUACAAUCACUAGCCGAUAAGCCACAAGAAAUCAGCCAAAACCUAGUGACUGUGUACAAACCUCCACAGCCUGUGGGAAAAGUGUUGGACUGGCCUGGUCUCCGUACAUUUCCAUUCUGUGCCUGCCGAAGCAUGGAGGUGGAGAAAAUCACAUUGACGUCUGCAGAGAUGUCUAGCUUAUUACCGUAGUAAUAAGAUAAAGCAUGUGUGUGUUGCUGAUAAAGCUAAACUGUACCAAAUAUGUUCUUAUGUUGCACUUUGUUAUAAUAUCAGAUUUUAAUGGUGUUGCGUUACCAGGACCCAUUGUUGAAAAGCACGAUGCAGCUUCUGUCUAGACGUAAUAUCAUACAGUAUUCCAUAUUAUAACCAUGAAAGUUAAACGAGGAGAGGCAAAAGAACAAAUGGAAGAGAAGCCACAUAUUUCCAUAUAGUUUAAUUUUGAAAAAUAGAUCUUUAAAUAUUUUUAUGAACAUAUAAUUUUGACAUCUUUUUGGUAAAAAGUUAAUAAUGCCACAAAAAAGGUAAAUAAAGCACGCCAGAUUGUGAGUAUCACUCCAUUAAGCAUACAUGGGGAAUUAACAUACUGAGCAUUUACGAAAGAUGCUGAGCAGGCUGCUCUCUGACACAUCUGUACUGAGUGAAGUUAAUAAAUAGUAAGUAGCACAGUAUCGCUUAAUAGUAUAGAUAAAGUUGCAAUGGUGUGUAUUUUACCCCUUGCGUAUGCUAAAUGUAGAAAUACAGUGUACAAUGUGACUAUUAAAUACAUGAUAAAGUUACAAAGAACAUUUCCAGCAGUAAAACAUGAAACAUUAACAGCAUUGAUAAGUAGAAGACACUGAGUUUGAACUUGUAAGAGAAGAAUGGGACGUAACAAAUAACUUACAGAAUGGUACGACACCAGAAGUGAAAAUUCCUGAUAGCUAGCAGAUCUGGUAGAUUUUCUUAGUUGCCUUUAGUAAUAACUGCAUCUGACUCCCAAGCCCAUGUAAUCUUCAUAUAACACUUUAUUAUACUGAAACAGCUACAGCAUCAGACAGGCUAAGACUGUGUUCCUAUGUCUGAGCUACUGCUUACCUGAGCUAAUUUAUCUACAGUUUACCUCUGUUGCAUUAUCUCAGUAUAAGAAUGGUUAUUAACAGCACGUAUGCACAUAUGUGUAGAAGUGUGCGUGUUUGUGUUUGUGAGUAUGCUCCAGUGUAGGCAAUAAAAGAAACCCAUUUCAAAUA